CGACCAUUUGAUGGAACUUUUAAUUAUGAUUUCUGCUUGUAAAAUAGCUUCAGCGUCACGUGUUACAGCAGUUAUUCCCUGUUUUCCCUAUGCUAGACAAGACAAAAAAGACAAAUCUCGAGCUCCUAUUACUGCUAAACUUGUUGCAAAUAUGCUUUCAGUUGCUGGGGCUGAUCAUAUAAUUACAAUGGAUUUGCAUGCUUCCCAAAUUCAAGGAUUUUUUGAUAUUCCUGUGGACAAUUUAUAUGCUGAACCGGCAAUAUUAAAAUCAAUUAGAGAAACAAUUCCAAAUUGGAAGGAAGCUGUUAUUGUUUCUCCUGAUGCUGGAGGAGCUAAACGUGUAACCUCAAUAGCGGAUCGUUUAAAUGUCGAUUUUGCUUUAAUCCAUAAAGAAAGAAAGAUUGCUAAUGAAGUUGAGAAGAUGACACUUGUUGGUGAUGUAACAAACAAAACAGCUAUUUUGGUUGAUGAUAUGUCUGAUACUUGUGGAACUUUAAUUUUGGCUGCAGAAAAAUUAAAUGAAGCUGGGGCAAGCCAAAUUUAUGCUUUUUGUGUUCACGGAAUAUUUUCUGGUCCAGCUAUUGAUCGUUUAAAUAAUUCUAAAUUUGAGUCUGUUUUUGUAACAAAUACAAUUCCACAAGAAGAAAAUAUGAAACGUUGCAGUAAAGUUAAGUGUAUUGACAUUUCAAUGAUUCUUGCUGAAGCAAUUCGUCGUACACAUAAUGGUGAAUCUGUUAGUUAUUUAUUCAGUCAUGUGCCUUUGUAA